AUGUCAAGUUAUAAAAGAAAAUCAGAUAGAAAAUUGGUAUUUACUGAAGAAAUUUUAAAAGAUGCAAAGGAAAGAAUACGCCGUGGGCAAAGUCAAAGAUCAGUUGCAGAGUCUUUGAAUGUCCCAGAAUCGACUCUAAGAAAAAGACUAAAAGCAGGCACUGUUCCUUGCUCUUUAGGUAGAUUUUCAAAUGUAUUUACUCCUGAAUUAGACAGUAACUUGGCAGAGCACUGCCGAUGCUUGGAUUUAUGUUUUUAUGGUCUGACGAAGAAGGAGCUAGGAAGAGUCGCUUAUGAUUUAGCAAAUAAAAACGGUCUUAAUCAUAGAUUUAAUAAUGAUAAAAAGGAAGCUAGCAAGAAAUGGGUCGAAAACUUUGCCAGGCGGCAUAACUUCAGUCUCCGUCAACCUGAAAAAACAAGUUUGGCACGUGCUGCAGGAUUCAAUCGUGUACAAGUGCAUCGAUUUUAUGAUAAUUUAAAACAAGUACUUACAACCUUCAAAUUUGUUGGCAGACAAAUUUUCAACAUGGAUGAAACUGGCCUCCAGACAGUGCCAAACAAGUUACCUAAAGUUUAUGCUAAAAAAGGCAAGAAAAUUGUAGGAAAAGUUGUGUCCGCAGAACGUGGACAAACAGUAACGGCUGUUUGUUGUAUGGGUGCUACUGGAAUAUUCGUACCACCUGCAUUAAUUUUUCCUAGAAAGCGGCAAAAACCCGAAUUGAUGGAUGGAGCUCCAGAGGACUCCCUACAGCUUGUAUCCGAUUCUGGUUAUAUGAACUCAGAUCUAUUUAUAAUCUGGCUCAAUCAUUUCAUUAAGAUGGUCAAGCCAUCUAAAGAUGAACCUGCUCUUUUGAUUUUAGAUAAUCAUUCAUCUCAUUUAAGUUUACAGGCUAUUGAAUUAGCUAGGGAUCAUAGAGUUGUUCUUUUGAGCUUAGCACCACACACAAGCCAUCGCAUGCAGAGUUUGGAUACAGGAUUUUUUGGACCAUUAAAAAAAGCUUAUGCAGUUGCAUGUGACAAUUGGCAAGUUUCAAAUCCAGGUCGUGCUAUAACUCAAUAUCAAGUUGCUCGACUAUUUGGCACUGCAUACCUUAAGGUUGGUUCAAUUGACAGAGCCAAGAAAUCAUUCGAAUCUUGUGGCAUCUGGCCUUUUAACGAUCAGAUUUUUUCCGAUGAAGAUUUUGCUCCUGCAAAUGUCACUGACCGUCCCAAUCCAACUGCAGAAACUUCAAGUACAGGCGAAGCCCUUAAUAUAGACACCGGCACAAUUAGCGGAACACAAAAAAAGCAGGAUUUUAAAAUCUUUUACUUGAGGAACUGGCCAGUUAUGAUAUUUUUUUAA